UCUCUGACAUAGGGAAGUGUUCAAGGAGUAAGAUAAGAUUUUAAUUCCUGCACUUUGUUUCAACUAUCUGAAUUGCUGAUAAGCAACAAAUAGUUUAACUCUUUUUCUUCAGCCCAGGGCACCUGAUAGCUGGGGUUGCCAACCAAAUAAACUUCUAAAUAAGUGAGGUGUUUUUGUAGUUCAGCUGCAUUAUGUAUCUAGGAAAUGAAUUAAUCCACACAGAAAGCAAAGAGAACAUGGUGGCUUUUGGGACACUCCCCUCUCCCUCCAGGAGUAGAGGAAGAAAAUUAUUUAAUUCAACCAGUCUACAUUUUUUUUGAUCUGUUCACCCUAGAGGCAACAUGACAUCUUCUGACCACCAGAGGGCACUGUGUGAACAGCUGGCUUCUCAACAACAAGCAGCUUCAUCAGAAAGUCCCUUUCUGCACGUGGCAUUUAUAUUCUUAAGAGUUCAUUUUGUGGCACUUCUAUGUAUUCAAAAGUACUCCCUUUGUGACUUUGUCUGGGACCCACCUAAAACUGCUCCUCCACCUGUAUUCUGAGUCAGCUGACACCACCAUGCAGGCUACUUGGGAGUUACCUGGGUCUCCUCCCUCGUAAUUAAGUCUUGCCAAUAUUUUCACUAAAUAUUUCUCAGAUCUGCCCCGCUAUUCCACCCCUACCUUCCCUGCACUCCUGAUGCCACUAUUAUCACUCCUGAGUUAGUACAACAGGCUCCCUAACUAGUCUCUCAAAUCCAUCCUCACCCUCAGAGGACUCCUAAAGAACAAAAAUCAGACCAUAUCUUUCUCCUGCUUAAACUCUACUGUUCCCCUCACAUAUCCCCAGGCUAAAGUACAAACUCCUUAGCAAGGCAUCAAAGGCUCCUGCCCACCCAUCUCAUCUUGUUUGGCUACUUCCUGCUUCAAACUUCUUGUUCAAACAGCGUAAAACUGCUUGUUUCCCCUCCCCCAUCCCUCAUCUCUUCAUGUAUUUUCCCUCCAUUUUUAGUCGUGCUGAUUGGUUCUUGUAUCUGAACCUCCCACAGAUCAUUUAUCUAUCAGUUUAUCACCUCCUCCAAAAAGCCUUUUGUAAUGCCUCCCUCUCCCACUAUUUUGGGGUUUGAUAUUACUUUUUGUUAUGUCCUUAGUUUGCACUUACUACACUGUAUUUUAAUUACCAGAACAGCAACAUAAAGUAGGUGUUAAAGCACAAACUAACUAGACUGCCUGGGUUCAAAUUCGGGCUCUGCCACUUGUUAGGUGUGACCCUGGGUAGGUUGCUUAACCAAUUUGUGCCUCAAUUCUCUCAUCUGAGAACCAGGAUGGUAAUCCUUCUAAGCAUUUAGACUUAUUGUAAGGCAGUGUCUGAAAGGGAGUAAGUGCUAAAUAAGAAUUGGCUACCAUAGUUCCUAUGUGUUGGUCUCCCCACUAGAUCAUGAGGAAUUUGAAGGCAAAGACUUCAGCUUCUUCAUUUCUCUGCAACAUAAUAUGUAUUCAGUAAAUGCGGCUAAAUGAGUAACUUGGUGAGGCAGCUCUCUGAUGAUGAGGGACUACCCUGAUGCUCCUUUCAGUAGAUGCACACAUUUCUAAAUUACAUUGUUUCCAAUGUUGUAGCUCCAAUUGUUUCUAUGUUUAAUUCUAACCAAAAUCCUGAAAACUUCAUACUUUAAAGUCAAUGAAUAAAAGCAAUAGAGUCUCAUAAAAAGUGUGUUCAUUCUAAGAAGCUUAACGCCAUUUUUAAGCCUUAAAUCUAUUUAAGACUAUCCCUCAUCCAAAAGCACCUACACAGCAAAAGUCCUCAUGCCAUCACACAUGCUAUUCCUUAGAACCUUUUCGAUGUCCAGCUCACUUUCUUCCGGAAGUUUUUUCUGAUCCCAAGUCUAGGCAGAUGACCCUCUUCCGUGCUUCCGAAAGAUCCUGUACCUAUAACUAUAGGGUGACAAAUAAUGUAUCAUCCAAACUGGGAUGCUAUGUGGUGAUAUAUCUAUCACCACACUAACAGCAGGGGUUAUAAGUACGCUGCCCCCCUGCUUUGCUGUAAGCUGCUUGAGAUCAGAGCACUGUCUUAGUCAUCACUGUAUACCCUGAGCCUGUAACAGUUGCCUGAUACUUGGUUGAUAUCUGAUCAGUUUUUGAAUGAAUCAAUGUUGAAGUAGGUUAAGUUUUACUCUCCUUAUCAAUUUUUUGUAUUACUUCAAUCACGCAAUUUUUAUAUAGUGGCCAAAAAUUUACAAAGCAAUUUCUUAUACAUUAUACAACUGAUUCUCACAACAAUCCUGAGGUAGGUAUUUUUAUCCUUAUUUUGUGAAUGAGGACACAGGUUCAGCCGUUGAUACUUAAGUGCUCAUCUUGUAAGUAGAAGAUGGAACUCAAACUCUCGGUUCAGAGUCCUAAGUUUCAGUUUUUAUAAACCAGACAACACUCUUUCUGGCAAUGACGAUGAACUGAAGUGUCCCUUUGCAACAUUCUAAGCCUCCCAGUCACCCCAUUCUCAUGUUGCCUCAUACUGCAGGCAGAAUGCCCGGCUCCUUCCCCAUCUCCUCUUCCAUCUGCUGACUCCCACUGCCCAUCAGAGCAAGCCCUGCAAUACUAAAGAUUUCAAGUGGGAUGCAGCUCGUCGUCUCAAAAGGAUUCCAUGCUAUCUCACACAGACAACCAACAGAAAAUAUGGUUGAUUUAAUUCUUUCCUUAAUUUUCUAAUUUUAUUUUGAAAAUGAUUUUAACUCAAAGCAGAGUAGUGUAAAAACCAUGCAUGUCCCCAACAUCCUCAAAUAACCAAUUUGUGAUUAAACUUCUAGGUAUUAUUUUGGGGCUUUGUUUUCAGAACAUCAUCAGCUACUUCUUUACAGCUCAUAACAGGCUAAUAAGGGAUUCUGCACUUUCAUUAAGAUCUCUUGUAGUUACUAUGUAAGCCACAGUAUUACUCAGAAAUCUGUCUCAAAUAUGUACCACCUGCUCCCGUGCCACAUCUGAAAACCACAGGCAUUGACCCCCUUCUUUCCUCAAUGUUUGGCAUGCUACGUCUGGAUAUUGAUCAAGAGGAACCCCUCAUCGCAUGCACAUCAGCACAGAGAUGUCUUGGCAGUGGUCUUCAUGGUAAGUGUACCCACUACUCCUUCCCAACUAUAAAUUAUGAAACUUUCUACAGAUGUGAACGUUUGGUUUUGCUUGAAUGAGUUUGGCCUGUAUAAAUCAAUCCAGGAGAAGCUGGACAUCGACAUUAACAUUAAAAAAGUGUGAAAACUAGCAUUAGCCCACCAAGGCAUAGUAAGUACUUCAAAAGGGCAGACCUGAAAUAGCAGCCCUGUUACAUUUAAAUUUUCAUGUCUGUUACUUAAUCAUAGAAUUUCAAAUCAGCCCAAUGCAAAACAUUUCCUUUUACUCUACCUGGCCAAUUCUCACCAACCUGAGUAGUGAACAGAGAACAGCAGUCCAUGAAUCAUCUGAAGGCCACCCCUAGGCAGGGUGAGGCACACACAGCAGCACGGUUAUGACCAAAUGUGGCCUUCUCUCAUUUUAAACAAGGAAUUUACUGUGAACAGUGAUUAUCUCUGAGGAGUGGGAGUCAGAAUGACUUUCAUUUUUAUAGUAUUUUAUGUACUUCAGUAUAGGUUGAAUUUUUACAAAGAGCAUGGGUUUUAUAAAAGAGCAUGGCUUUUAUAAAGUAUUUCUAUUUUGAGAAAAAAGACAUGACUCACUUUUAAUUUGGUUCCCAAAAGAAUAUAAGAAUAAAUAACAAAGUAAUUUGAAUAUUUUAUAGUGAGAUAGCACAAGAAGAAAAUAUCAGGACAAAACAUCCUACAGAGAUCAAAGUGGCCUCACAAGCAGAUGUUUUGCAAAUAUACCUAAAUUUUUUGGGGGAAGACAACAGAUUGUAGCUUAAAAAUAAAAAUCUAUGGAAAACUUUUUGCAUUUUUAUUCCAAAUGGUUUCCUCCCCUUUGGGCCAGAAGGUUAAUAGCAAUCGGCUGACACUCUUCCGGGGUGGAGGAGGAGUGGCCUGCAAGCAGGCACUUCUUUUUCCCUGCACAUUAUAAUGGAAAAUGGUGCUAAGUACAAAAAUUUAGCAGUGUUAAACCAAAAUCAAAACACAAGGUCAAGAGCAAGUGGCUCCAACAGUGUUUAUGCUCUGUUAAGGUCCUGGUUAAAUAUGGUUUCUCUUUUCUCUAACAGUGAUGGACGCCCCCCCCCCCCCCACCUGCCCAAAGUUGGUCACUAUAUUGCAAUGGGAAGAACAGAAAGGCUUCCGGAAAGACCUCUCAAUCAGUUAUUCUGUAUUUGGUAAUAAUGGAGAAAUCUGCUUUUAAAAUCAAUAUAAGAUGUUAACUGAAGACUCUCCUGCAAACUGUCUAUUAAUCUUUGGAAAAGCAUCUCACCUCCACUAUAUUUCAAUUUUCUGUUUAAGAUGAGGAACCCCCACUCCCACUCCCCAUCUAGCUCCCAAAGCCAGUUAUUGAGACUUUAUCAGAUAUCCAGUAAAAGAUUCAAAAGGAAAAUUCUGAGGUUCUGACCACCAGUCUUCAAUCAAGCUUCAUCUUUUUGUAUCCCAAUUCUCCUCAUCACAUCCAUUUGUACCGACAAAGUUUCAUAGAAUCUAAUUUCGCCGUUUCAAAGACGGUGAUUGCUUUGAACUUAUGAGAACUGCAUCCUUCACCAAAUCUGCUCCAGAAUGCCUUGAACUGCAGCUCAAGAAACUAAGUCUCCUCAAAAAGCCUGGGACCGCUCCUAGGGUUCGAGUGUCAAGGAGAAAAUUGUUCCUGGAAUAGUUUUCCUGCUGUGAUACAUUCUGUUUGGAAAUAUACUUAAGCUAGUGGAGAAUCUGUGCGUACCUACCACGUUGAAGUUCGACUUAGUAAUAUUAUUACAUAUACAAAUGCCCUACUGUCCCCAGAAAACAUCAAGGGCUUUCACCAACAUCUCCCUGACGCUCCUAAUCUGGAAAAUGUCAUGUCAACCUUUCAGAUCAUGUAACGCGUUGCUUAGGUAGAAUGGGAGAGUGGCUGAGUUCAGACCCAAGCCUACAUACUUUAGUGGUAACGACUCCCGAUCUACAUCCAACACAUUUCCCGAACACUAACAGAACUUUUAGAAAGCGCCCACCACUGGAAGCGAAAAGCACUUUCUUCUCAGGAAACAGAAGAUCUUUUCCACUGAAAAUUCCCAAACCCGAGACCUACCACUUUUUACUGAACAAAAAGCGUGUGUGCCGGCAAGAGGGGGUGGGAAAGGAGCGUGGCAAGCAUUUGCACGGCUCUUACGCCUCCUCCCUCGGAGCGCGCCCAAGUCUGCGGCCUCGGGCUCCGGGACACUUCCCCUCCCACCCGCCGAGGAGCCGCAGCUGUAAGUUAAGAGAAGCGGGCUCUGGAGCCAUAAUGGACACAGCUAGCCAUAGUCUUGUCCUUCUGCAGCAGCUGAACAUGCAACGAGAAUUUGGUUUUCUGUGUGAUUGUACAGUUGCUAUUGGAGAUGUUUACUUCAAGGCCCACAGAGCAGUGCUUGCUGCUUUCUCGAACUAUUUCAAGAUGAUAUUUAUUCAUCAAACAAGCGAAUGCAUAAAAAUACAACCAAGUGACAUCCAACCUGACAUAUUCAGCUAUUUGUUACACAUUAUGUACACGGGGAAAGGGCCAAAACAGAUUGUGGAUCACAGUCGUUUGGAGGAAGGGAUUCGAUUUCUUCAUGCUGACUACCUUUCUCACAUUGCAACCGAAAUGAAUCAAGUGUUCUCACCAGAGCCUGUGCAGUCCUCAAAUCUGUAUGGCAUUCAGAUCUCAACGACCCAAAAAACAGCUGUUAAACAAGGGCUGGAGGUCAAAGAAGCUCCUUCCAACAACAAUGGAAACAGAGCUGCCGUCCAGGGUGAUCACCCCCAGUUGCAGCUUUCUCUUGCUAUUGGGCUGGAUGAUGGCACUGCUGACCAGCAGAGGGCCCGUCCUGCCGCGCAGGCCUUAGAGGAACACCCGAAGCCUCCAGUGUCCAUCAAGCAGGAGAGAUGUGACCCAGAAGCUGUGAUCUCCCAGAGCCACGCCUCACCCUCCUCAGAGGUAACAGGCCCCACUGUCACCGAAAGCAGUAUCAAAAUCCACUUAUGCCAUUACUGUGGAGAACGUUUCGAUUCCCGUAGUAACCUAAGACAGCACCUCCAUACCCAUGUGUCUGGAUCCCUCCCAUUUGGUGUUCCUGCUUCCAUUCUGGAAAGUAAUGACCUUGGUGAAGUGCAUCCACUUAAUGAAAAUAGUGAGGCUCUUGAAUGCCGCAGGCUCAGCUCCUUCAUUGUCAAGGAGAGUGAGCAGCAGCCUGACCACUCAAAUCGGGGACCCACAGAGCCUUUGCAGAUCAGUCAAGUGUCUUUGAUCUCCAAAGACACAGAGCCAGUAGAAUUAAACUGUAAUUUUUCUUUUUCAAGGAAAAGAAAAAUCAGCUGUACCAUCUGUGGUCAUAAAUUUCUCCGCAAGAGCCAAUUGCUGGAACACAUGUAUACACACAAAGGUAAAUCUUACAGAUAUAACCGAUGCCAAAGGUUUGGUAAUGUGUUAGCCCAGAGAUUUCAGCCAUAUUGUGACAACUGGUCUGAUGCCCCCCUGAAAAGUUCUCGCUUGUUGCAAGAACACUUAGACUCAUCUUGUGCCUUAGAGUCAGAGCUCACACAAGAAAAUGUGGAUACUAUUGUAGUUGAGUAGCAGUUUCUCCUUCAGAAUUUUUAUAUCAAUUCUGAAAAAGAAAAUUCACAUGCAUUUUUUAAUUUGUAAAUUAUUUUACUCCUCAAGUUCUAUGGACUUUUUUUCUUUACCAUUUAUUCAUAGUUUUAAUGUUGUAUAUUUUAGGUCUCCUUAUCGUAAGAUAUAUUAAAUUAUGGCUAUUAAAAUGUAACCUUCAAUUAGGGCUGUGAACUUCUCAUAAAUUCACAUUUGGAAAUUAGAAAUCAAUAUAGUAAUAUGGAACUUUAGAGUAAAUAAUUACUUGUAUAAUUUCUAAGUUUUACCGGGUUGUAGAAUCAGUAAAAUCAAAUAAAUAUGCAGUAAAUGAGAUAUUUUUUAAAGAAUGUUCGACACUGUCACUUUUGGCUAUUGUUUCACAAGAAUAAGCCCCUAUCAGGACUAUUUAAAAAUAUUUUCUACCAUAUAGGAAGUUAAUAGUUAUUUUAAUGCAUAGCUAUGUGAAAAUGUAUAAAAAAUUGUUUUAAGGCGUAGAUGUACCAAAUCAUGAGUAGUUUUAAAAUUAUAUUUUACUUACUAGUUCUGCAACAUCUUACAUGGUUUUUAUUUAUUUUUUAACACUG